AUGACUUCAAAAGUAUUAACUAAUAAGAAAAAUGAUUUACACAGUGAAUAUGAAAAUUGCUUCGAUAUUUUGUUAAAAAAAAAUAAUAUAAAAAAUGUCAAUUUUCCAUUAAAAGAAAAUAAAGAUAAUUCCUACAUUCAUUUUUUAAAAGAUGAAAAAUAUUAUCAUAAUAAGAAAUUUAAAACAGUAAAAAUAAAAGAAAAGAAAAAUGAUAAAAGAAAUGUUUCUUUUUCUAUUAAAAGACAAUCAAAAAUAAAAAUUGAUAGAAGUAUUAAUAGUGAAACGAUAAAACUUAAAGAAUAUAUAAUUAAAAAUGAAAAAAUAAAGAAAUGCUCAAAUAAUUUUUCUAAAAAUUAUAGUACCCAAAAAGAAAAAGACGAAAGCAAUAAAUAUAUAAUAGAUAAAAAAGAUAAAAAUAAAAUAAUUAAAAAAGAAAAAAAAGUUGUUGAAAGAUACGAUCAUGAAACAAACAAAAAUAAUAAACAAAAAGACAAAUACGAAGAUAAUAAAAAAGAAUCAAAAAAUAACAAAAUUGAUAAAUAUAAAAAAAAUAUGAUAAAAAAUGCGAUAAAUAUUGGAAAUAAUUUCUGUAAGAAUAUGAAAAAUAACAAAUUUGAAGAAUAUAAUUAUGAUUCACUUUAUAAAAACAAAAAAGAAGAAAAUACAGAAAAAUUAGAGGAUAGUGAAACUUUAAAUUAUAAAAACAUUAAUGGCACCAACAAACUGUUUAAUUUUAAUUAUGAUAAAAAUUUAGAAAAUGAUUGUACUAUAAAUUAUGAAGAAAAUGAAAUAUACUAUAAUAUACUUGAAGAUAAAAAAGUAUUAAAUGACAAUAAGAAAUUUACAAAAAACAAUGAAAAAGAUAUAGAACAUUAUUUUUUAUCAUAUUUACCAAAUGAAAUAAAGAACAGUAAUAACAAUAUACAAAAUAAUGAAUCUUUAAACAUUGAUCAAAGAACUAAUAUAAAAAAUAAUCAAAAUUAUUUAUAUUUGAAUAAAUCUAUGAUGAUGAAUUCUUUAAUAAAUAAUAUAAAAAAAUACACAAAUUAUGAAUAUGUUAUAGAGAAAAAAUUAUGCUAUAAUUGUUUUAUUUCAAAAUAUAGAAAACAUUUCAAUAGCUCUAGUAAUUAUAUGUAUAUUGAUAAAUAUAUGAACAUUAUAAAAAACAAAAAAGAAAAAAAUGAAUCCAUUAACAACUCUUUUACCUUUACAUAUGGUUUUUAUUGUAAAAAAGGAAAAUAUCAUGCAAAUGAAGAGACUGCAUCCCAUACAUUAUUUAGCUCGUAUAAAAUUUUAAAAGAAAUAAGCAAUCUUUUUAACUAUAUGAAGAAAAAAAAGAAAUAUAAUUUUUUUGAGGAAUUAUUUGAGAUAUUCAACAUAAACUCAUCUUUUAUUAGUAGAAACAAAGAUGAUUAUAAAAUCAUGAAUUCAUAUAUAAACAAAGAAAAUAAUAUAAAAUAUAUAAAAGAUGAAUUAAUAAAUUGUUACAAUGAUGAAAUCCCCAAAGUUUAUGUAAAAUUUUCUCUUCCUUUAUAUUCCUUAAAUGGCACUUUAGAAGAAGAUUCAAAAAGCAAUUAUCACAUUAUUUAUAAUUAUUUUUUUCAAGAAAAAAAUAAUAAUUUAUCAAAAAAAAACCAUAAUGAUAAGAGAGAAGGGAAAAGUAAAAGAACUAAUGAUAUGAAUAUAAGAUAUGAAUUAGAUGGCAUAAAUUAUAACAUAAAGGAAGAUAGAAAUUUAAUGAAAGACAAUGAAGAAAAUGUUUAUUAUACUCAUCAAAAUAUUAAUGUACUACAAAAUUAUAAUUUUUUAUGUAAAUCGUGUAAGAAAAGUCAGGUUAUUAAUAAAGAAAAAAAAUUUGAAAUAUCAUAUUUUAAUUAUUUAUUUAAUGUUUCAAAUAGUAUUAAAGAAAAAAAAAAAAGAAAGAAUGAAAUGUUUUAUGGUUUAAAUGAUUCUAAUAAUUCUAGUGGUUCAGAUGAAUAUAAUUAUUUAAAUUAUUCAAAUAGAUAUUUAAAUAAAAAUCAAGAAAAACAUUGUAAUACUACUACUUGUAAAGGUAAUUUUAAUAAUAUUAAUUAUAAUGAUAAUAAUAGCAAUAAUAACUUUAAUAAUAAUAAUGAGGAUGUAAAUAAUAUCAAUCCUUUAAUCACAGAUAAAAAUGAUGAAAGUUAUGCUCCAUAUGUAAGUCAGAUAAAAAAGAAGAAAAAAAAUGUUUUAUUUUUAAAUGAAAAAAUAAUAGAAAAAUAUACAUUAAACGAAUAUUUAAUUAAAUGCAAAACUUGUAGAUACCUUAACAAGUAUGAUAAUCUGUUCAAUGAUUAUUUACUUAAUUUUUGCAGAAGUAAUCAUGAUUUUAAAUAUCCAUUUCCUAUUAAUUUAUUAGAUGAAAAUGUGCAUAAAUUUUUUGACAACUAUGAAAAGAAAAAUGAACAUUUGAAAAGAUAUAUAAUAAAUCAAUUGUAUAUAAGUAAUUAUAAAAAAAAAGUAAAGAGCAAAGAAAAUUUGACAAAGAAUUACAUGUGUUCAUAUUCAGAUAUGGAGAGUUAUGAAAAUAAAGAGAAGAUAAUUAAUAUGAAAGAUGAAAAAACAAAAAAAAAAAGUAAUAAUUAUGUUAAUGCUAUAUAUAGAAAUAAAUCUAGUAUAGAAAAAAAUUUAAAUUCAAAAAGGGAAGAUAAUUUUAGUUAUUUAAAAGGGAGAAUAAAGCCUGAAAUGAAAAAAUAUUUAGUAUAUACGAGGAGACAACUUUUUCAAGAAUAUUAUGAAAAUUUGAAAAAAAAUAAAAAAGGACAUAAUAUAGAAAAUUAUAAAAAUUUAGAAAAUAGUAAAAAUUUAGAUAAUAACAAUUUAAGAAAUAUAAGAUUAGAAAAUAAUACAAAUAUAAAUAAUGAAUAUGAUAUGCAUUUAUUUACAAUAUGCGAUGGACAUAGUGAUUCACACGCUUCUCUAUUUUUAAUUCAUAACAUUCAUAAAAUCUUUUAUUUUCUUCUAAUUCAUACUUUUUUUAAUAUUCAUUUUACUUUUAAAUUAUUAUAUCCUAUAUUAGAUUUAUUAUACUACAAAAUUUGUGCUCAACAAAAUUUAAGUAAGUGUUGCGGAUCGUGUAUUAUAAAUCUACUAAUAAAAAAUAAUCAUAUUUAUGUAAGUAAUGUUGGUGAUAGUAAAUGUGCUUUAAUAACCUUUGAUUUAGAUAAAUUUGAAUACAACGAGAAAAGGGAAAAACUAAUAAAAAAAAAAAAAAAUAAAAAAUGCAAUAUAAUUAAUGAGAAAAAUAGCCCAUAUGAAAAUAAUUUUCAUAGUGGAAAAGAAAAUAAAUCACAUUAUAACUCUUUUGUAAUAAACUUAAAUUCCUUGUCUUAUAAUGAAUUAAAUUCUGAACACAACUGCAAUAACUAUUAUGAAUAUUUAAGAAUGUAUAAGUUAUAUUAUUAUAAUAAUAUUAAAAAUGAUUACAAUUAUAAUCAUAACCAAAUCGAAGGUGGAAAUUAUAAUAAUAAUAAUAAUAAUAAUAAUAGUGAUAAUAAUAACAAACAGAGUGAAUGUAGUGAUAAUAUUAGUGGAAAAAAAAAAAAAAAAAAGGGAAAAAAGGAUAUUAAACUAGAUAAAGAGUUAAACGAAAAAAUAAUAAAAAUUAAUGAUUUUAUUUUAAAUGAAGAAAAACAGAUAAAUAUAGGAAACUUUUCGUAUGAUUUAGUAAAAUUUAAUAGAUUAGAUGGCUGUUUGCACCCUUCUAGGGUUAUAGGUGAUUAUGAUAUAAAAAAAAAAUAUAAAGGAAUAAAUAUUUUAUCAAAUACUUCCAAUAUUUACAAGUAUAAUAUGAAUAAUAUUAACUUCUUUAAUAAUAUUCAUUAUAUUUACAAAAGUAUAAAUUGCAAUAAAUGUAAAAAAAAUUAUAUUUUAAGUAGUUAUGGUAAAAUAAAUUCUAUAAAUAAUAUAGUUCUUUUAAAUAACUAUAAAAAAAAAUUUCAAAAUAGUAAAAUAGAAAUUUCUAAUAUGAGACAUUUACUUAAUUCUGAUGAUAAUAUUAAUUCAAAUAAUUGUAAGAACUUUGAUGAAAAUCUAUACUCGUUAAAAAAUAUAAAAGGGGAAGGUGAUAACGAUAAAGAAGAAUAUAAAAAAAAAGAAUCUAUUCAACAAUUUUUCAAGGUUCAUAGAGAAAAUUUCACUGUUGAUAAUAUUAAUAAAUCUCAAAAUAAAAAAGAAAAAUUAAAUUCAUAUUUGAAUGAGCAAUUUGUUCCAUAUAUAAAUAUUAAAAAUUCUAAUUUAAAUAAAAAUUUUUUAUAUAGAAUAGAUAAAAAAAAUUUUUUUCAUUUGUUAAUUAUUGCCUCUGAUGGAGUAUUUGAAUUUAUUAACCCUCUUUUUAUAUUAAAUAUUUUAAUAAAAAAUAAAUCUAUUUAUAAAAAAAUUCAAAAAAUUUACAAAAUCUAUAAUACCUUUACUCCUGAUUUAAACACAAAAAAUGAUAUAAAUUCACAAUUGCAUAAAUAUAUGAUAACAAAAAAAGAAUGCAUUAAGUUGGCUAAAGAUAUAGUUAAAAAUACUGUAACUAAAGGAAAUUUUGAUGAUAGUACGUGUUUUUGUAUUUUUUUAUUUCCUACUUUGUUUUAUCCUUUGUAA